AUGGCACGAAGACGAAGGGCCGAAAGGCGCAUAACCCAACCAGAUCCUCGUUACGGCGACGAGGAGCUUGCGCGAUUCAUUAAUCGCGUGAUGCUCGGCGGAAAAAAGAGCACCGCGCGCCGGGCGGUAUACGACGCUCUUGGCCUUCUGGGCCAACGUAUGAACAUGAACCCGUUGGAUGCGUUCCAUCAGGCGAUGUCGAACUCGACCCCGCUUUUGGAGGUCCGGCCUCGUCGAGUUGGUGGCGCCACCUAUCAGGUGCCGAACGAAGUCCGACCGGAGCGUCGAGAGGCACUUGCGCAACGUUGGCUGGUCAGCGCGGCACGGGCGCGCAAGGGACAACCAAUCGCCCGAAAACUUUUCACGGAAUUGUUGGAUGCUGCCAACAACACUGGUGCGGCGGUGCGGCGGAAAGACGAGUUGCAGCGAAUGGCUGAAGCGAACCGGGCAUACGCCCACUUCAGGUGGUAA